UUUGAAGAACAAUGCCUUUGCAACUUCAGAAUUGUCAGCAUGAGAUAUUGCAACAUGAUCCCUCGCCAUUCGCUGCGCUGGCCGGCUACGACCAACCAAGUCAAGAAAAGCGCGCAGCUGCGGUGAUGGCUACCGGCAGGGUGCAGAAGAACAGGAUAGUGCAAACACCUUUGAAGACUUUUCCGGCACCCCUCGUGCUGCCCCAUGAUGAUCUCAAUUACGAUCCAGACUGCUCACCUCAGAGCUUCAAAAGUUGGCUUCACGAGGAAGAGAGGAACAAGAUACUGUCAGGGGAGAGAAGGGGGACUUUGUAUGUGGCGCGAGUGCCGCAGAUUGGAAAAGAUGUUGAAUUUAUAAGAGAUUGGACAAAGUCGAGUUUGGAAAUGAGCCCUGAGAACUCUCAGGUCACCACAUCACACAGUCCAGCUAUAGAAUUCUUCGUAGAUUACUUGAAGGCUUUCUACCAUGACAUGGACGUCGCCGAGUUACCUUUUCGCUUGCAAUGGACAGCCUGGUCCAACAAUACCAAACGCCAUGCGUCCGGGAAACAAAACAGCAUUCCAAAACACCUGGCCCUCAGGUACAACGACCGCAAAACUCGAAUCCGUGUUCGCUCUCCGCCUGAUGGCCUGUUUCCUGCGCAAAUGAAUCUCGAAGACAUACUCGAUGCCGCUACCGAGAUGCUUCCGGACGAUGCAUACGCACUUCUUUUGUUAGUCGAUCACGACAUCUAUGAAAGCGAAGAUGACGACUUUUGUUGUGGAAGAGCAUAUGGAGGGAGUAGAAUCGCUGUUGUCCAAACCGCGCGUUAUCAACCGUGUCUUGAUGUCAAGGAGAAUGUUGAUCGGGCACACAUAUGGCCUGCGAGUCAUUGUAAGAGUUUCAUUGAUGCUUUGUGUAAAGUUGAAGACGUGGAACCACAGCCGCCCACAGCACAACAGAUCAAACUUUCGAGAGAUGGGCCGAUGAGGGCAGCUGUCGAUGCUGCGUCCAUGACACUUACAAUCACUUCAGAAUCAACACAAGAGAUUCAAGCACUUUGGUUCUCUCGCCUCGCCCGUACCGUCUCCCAUGAGCUUGGGCACUGCUUUGGCAUGGACCAUUGUGUGUAUUACGCGUGCAAUAUGCAGAGUACAAUGGGGAUGAAAGAAGAUUUGAGACAACCACCGUAUUUGUGUCCAGUUUGUGAGGCAAAGGUUGGACACGCUAUUGCCAGAGAAUGGAAAAAUGAGACGGAGCUGGAAAAGAAGACAUGGAUUAUGGAAAGAUGCAAGACCCUUGCUGAGUUCUGUAAGAAAUUGGAGAAUCAAGAAAUGGGAUCGACAAUGUGGAGGGGACUACAUGCUUGGUUGGAGGUGAGAUUGGAAUGCUUAUAAUACUUUUCGAUGGUGACUUGAAGGUACGCUUCGUGAAUUCCCAUCAUUAGACCAUGGUUGUCCUAAGCCUAGGUUGAGUCCCCGAUCUAUGGGGUGAACUUGUGUCGUGUAUUCCCAUAGCUGUGCUCGGUGGCUAGACAACUUCGACAAUCGGCAUCACCGACAUGCCCACUCAAACAUCCUAAAUACAUGAUAAUGUAGUCACCCACUGUCAGAAAGUCAUGACGUUAUUU